CAAAAUAUAUGGCGCUGGUAGUCUGGUGUGAAUACUUCGCAAGCAGCUUUUCAAAAUAGUGUGAGACAGUGGUGGUAAAUGUUGGGUGAAGACCAGUGCAGGUGACCGUGCUAGUUCGCCCAAGUUAUCAAUCGGAGUCCCUGCCUUAUCCGAAAUGAACAACACCGAGAUGGUUGGCCUAGUCAGGAUGGCCUUUGACAGGUACCACACCGUCCUAGACAGGAUAAGUGAUCCUCGUACCUCAAACUGGCCCCUGAUGCAGAGUCCAGUGCCCACCAUAAUGAUGGUGGUGACCUAUCUCUACGUUAUUCUGAUCCUAGGUCCCCGUCUCAUGGUGAACAGAAAACCCUUCAAACUACGUGAAGUACUCAUAACCUACAACGGAGCCCAAGUCCUCUACAGUCUUUUUAUGUUGUACGAGCAUCUGAUGAGCGGUUGGUUCUGGGAUUAUAGUUACAAGUGUCAACCUGUGGAUUAUUCGUACAACAAAAAAGCGUUAAGGAUGGCCAACCUCUGCUGGUGGUACUACAUCUCGAAGUUGAGCGAAUUCACCGACACUUUCUUCUUCGUCCUGCGCAAAAAAGACAGUCAGGUGACGCUUUUGCACCUGUACCAUCACAGCCUCACGCCCUUGGAGACGUGGAUUCUUGUGAAAUUCUUAGCAGGUGGACAUGGAACGUUUUCCAAUUUAAUUAACAACGUGGUCCACGUGAUUAUGUAUUUCUAUUACAUGGUAGCGGCCAUGGGACCAGAAUACCAGAAGUAUUUGUGGUGGAAAAAGCACCUAACCACCAUUCAACUGUUGCAAUUUACGCUGGUGUUCAUACACUCGGCUCAAGUGCUGUUCACCGACUGUGGAUAUCCAAAGUUCAUCGGGGCUCUCCUUCUGCUCCAUUCUGCGAUUUUCUUCGUCCUCUUUGCGCACUUCUACUACCAGACUUAUCGGCGAAGAGAGAAGCGGAUCAAAGCGGAUUAGAAGAUUGCAGUAUUCGUUGAAGUGUAUUUAUUUUAUUAUUAAUAGCAGAGGAUUUAGUUCGGUCGUGAGUCAGACAUCGGCAAGUGUCAUAGUAUUUCGUACUUACUAUCAUCGUACCUCAUCUGUGCAAUUGUUUUAUGAUAUUAUUGUAGCAUCAUGAUAGUAAAAUAUUUAACCUAGUCAUAGAUUCUGUUUUACAAACAGAUCGUAUGUAAUUGAGACCUUAAGGUGGGUCAGUGGCGAUUAGGUGGUUUAGAAAACUGCUUUGUAGACAACCAAAUAUACAAGUUUUUAGACUUGAAAGUGUUAGAGAGUUGAAGGUCUUAUAGUAUCUGUAUGUAUUCAGUGAAUACAAGAAGUACCACCUUAAGAAACUUCUUCAGUAACUUAAUUGUAUUCGUCAAUAGUGUAAUAUUUCGUUACGCAAUUUUGUAUUUGCUCAAUGUUUUGUAUUUAUAAUUUAAUACAUUUGUGAAAUAUA